AAAAACGAAAGAGCUCGUAAAGUCUGCCCCUUCAUGAGCAUGCACUGACCAGGUAUUUAUAGUCUAAAGGUGGGGCAUUUUGUGAUUUGAAUGGGUUUUGAAGUUGUGGACCUUGAAGAUCUUUUUGUUUGAUUCUUCUUUUUUCCCCCACCUCUCUUCAGCUCCCAGCUGCCAAAGGCUUUGUGGCUAAUAGCUUUUAUUCCGGUUUGACACCGACCGAGUUUUUCUUCCACACAAUGGCUGGCCGGGAAGGUCUCGUCGACACAGCCGUAAAGACUGCUGAAACAGGGUACAUGCAGAGGAGGCUCGUCAAGUCCCUUGAAGAUCUGUGCUCACAGUAUGACCUGACAGUCCGAAGCUCUACGGGUGAUAUUAUCCAGUUCAUUUACGGGGGAGAUGGCUUAGAUCCUGCAGCUAUGGAGGGAAAAGAUGAACCGUUAGAGUUCAAAAGAGUUCUGGACAACAUCAAAGCAGUCUUCCCGUGUCAGAGCGAGCCUGCGCUAAGUAAAAAUGAACUGGUCCUGACCACUGAGUCGAUCAUGAAGAAGACUGAGUUCCUCUGCUGCCAGGACAGCUUCCUGCAGGUGAGUUCUGCUGGGGGGGUGCACCCAGCUUGGCCAUCACCAAGAGAUGGUUGCUGCGUUCCAGGAGGUGGAUUUUAUAAGCAAGGGGGGAGGGCAUUAAGAGUGUUUCUUUGUUAAAAAUUUCAGGACUGGCUCAGGCAAAAUUUCACCAGCCAACAUGAAGAAUUUAUAUCAUGUCCUUCUUAGUGUAUGUCUCUCACUCGAGUGCCUCCCUCCUAGAAAAAUAGUUCCUUUAGAGAACUGAUUUUUUUUUUAAAGAUUUUAUUUAUUUAUUUGACAGAGAGA